AUGGUGAUAUUGGUAGUGUGUCUUCAUAUUCUCGUUACUUGUGGGUUCCUGGUGUCUGCUAGCAGGUGUAAUAACGGAAGCAAGAUGAACAGCCUCCAGCAUUAUAUCUCACAGGACCUGAGGAUAAAAGUGUUGACUACCGAGGAGGAGGUACUGCAGAGAUGGAAUGGCUACUUCGAAUGGCUGAUGAAUGUUGAAAACCCCAAGGAGAUUAGAGAGGAAAAUGGGGUGAUGGGAGAAGUAAUGGAUGCAGGAGUAACACAGGAUGAGGUAAAGAAGGCACUGAAGAAGAUGAAGAGGGGCAAAGCUCAAGGACCAGACAACAUUCCUAUAGAAGCAGGGCUAAGCCUAGAAGAAGCAGAGGGGAGAAUGCCAGAUGAGUGGAGAAAGAGCACAUUGAUAAUCAUUUACAAGAACAAAGGAGACGCGCAGGAUUGUGGUAACUUCCGGGGCAUCAAACCAAUGAGUCAUACAAUGAAGUUGUGGGAAAAUCUGGAGAAGGCAUAUGCUAGAGUACCAAGAGAGGAGCUGAAGCACUACAUGCAGGAGUCAUCAAUACCGGAAGUGUAUGUAAGGAUGGCACAAGAUAUGUUUAAUGAGUGUAUGACAGCAGUGAGAAGUGCAGUAGGUACCACAGAAGGAUUUAAGGUAGAAGUUGGAUUACACCAGGGGUCAGCCCUGAGCCCGGUUUUGUUUGCUGUUAUCAUGGAUAAGUUUACUGGUGGGCUUAGGAAAGGAGCGCUUUGGUCUAUGAUGCUUGCAGACGACUUUGUGUUACGUAGCGAAAGUAGAGAAGUAGAAGAUCUGGAAAGGUGGAGACAUGCAUUGGAGAGGCGUGGCAUGAAAGUCAGCAGAAGGAAGACGGAGUAUUUCUGUGUAAAUGAGAAGGAAGGAGAUAGCCGAGUUAAUAUGCAAGGGAAAGAGAUCAGUAGAGUGAAUGAAUUUCAGUAUUUUGGUUCAACAGUAGACUGUGAAAGAUCUGGCAAUGCUGAAGCUAAAAAAGGAGAGUGCAGGCAGAGUGGAAUGGGUGGAGAAAAGUGA